AAAUGCACAUUGGGUGGACUAAUUGUCGUGGAUGGGUGCGUGUUUGGAUUGACCACGUCGCAUUCACUUUUAGGGCCGGACUACAUACCCGACAGAGACAUAGAUGUUCAGGAUGCACAGAUCCCCACGCCCGUUGGAAACAUCCACUCAUACAGGUUUCUUUCGAUCGCCAGUUCCCAGGUUUCUUUUGAUGGCCAAUCCGCAUCCACAGAUGUCCCAUAUGGUCAAGACUGGGCACUGGUUAGCAUUCAAGCUCCGAUGUACAGCCCGAACACGGUGCAACUCCCGGGAAGGUCCGAGCAGACAUCGAUUAACGACUACCUCCUCCACGAAGAGCUUGUGCACGGUCCUGUGCAUGUUAUCUCAGGGACCAGCGGAGUCUUGGAAGGCUACCUAAGUCCAGGUUCUGCAUAUUGGAUGUUUGAAGACUUUGAGUUUGAAGUCAGGACGGUAUUUUUGGACAAGCAACUGAAUAACGGAGACUCGGGAUCUUGGGUAAUUCGAGACAACAGGCUCUGUGGCUACAUCCUGUCUAGAGCUGUGGAGCAGCCGUGGGGAUAUAUGCUUCCAAUUGAGCCCGUACUUCGUGACAUCCUCAAAACCUUGGACGGCCGUGCAUCGUUUGAGAUUCCGUCCGAAGCAACGGUGCAACAACUACGACAAAGAAUAACCCUGUUUAUUGGGGGAUACAGUUCAAAAGAGGCCUAAGAUUGGCUCUGAAAAUGACCUUCAAAUCCGGUCUAGCAGUGACACUGCAUGCGAAGAGUAUCCCCACGGUGUAAAGCUUACUGCUCUUACCUUCGCCUGCUAUCUCUGUACAUAUUUGACAGCCAGUGACGUAAAUAUGAUUUCGACAGCAGUUCCUAAAAUCACGACGGCUUUCAAAUCUCUCGAUGACAUAGGAUGGUACACGAGUGCCUACUUGCUCACACUUGGCAUUUCCCAAUUGCUCUGGGAUGCACUGUACCCCAUAUGCUCCCUAAAGUGGACUUUCAUCAGCUGUUUAGCCGUGUUCACGGCCGGAAGUGCCAUCUGCAGUUCCGCAACCUCGAGCAUCAUGUUGAUCGUUGGACGUGGCGUUACAGGUUUUGGAUCUGGAGGCAUAUUAUCUGGAGCUCUGAGAAUUAUUGAAUACUCGGUCCCUUUA